CCAGCUCUUAAAAAUUAAAAUCAAAAUGCAUAAUAGUCAACGAGGGACUGUUGUAAAGGCACAACAACAACAAUAACAAACUCCCAGAUCGGCGACUUUUCGGCGUGCUGCGCUCCACCUCUUAAGCUCCCAGCAAACCCACAACAAGUUUUGCAAGACUCAUCAUUAGCGAUGAUGAGGCAGCUGGACUGGUUCGGCUUCAGAGGGAGAAAGUCAUGUGUUGGGCAGCUUCUGGUCCUGCCCCAGGUGACAAAACUUCUGGCAGAAGUUUGGGCAAUGGGUGUCACAAGAGAUUGCUGGCCACCAGUCCCUUCACAGCCACUCAUUCUCCUCAGUCAUCAAAAUCUCCUGAGACACCUCUACUGAAGCAACUCCAGUCUAGGAUUAAGUUCUCAGGUCCUUUAACCAUACAUGACUACAUGAAAGAAGUACUGAUCAAUCCUAUUUCUGGCUAUUAUUCUACUGGCAAAGACAUGUUUGGGACUCAUGGGGACUACAUUACUUCUCCAGAGAUUAGUCCAAUGUUUGGAGAGAUGGUGGCUAUAUGGAUCAUAAGUGAGUGGUACAAGUUGGGCUCCCCUCAACCACUGCAGUUGGUAGAGUUUGGGCCUGGAAGGGGAACCCUCAUGCAUGAUGUACUUGUGGUGUUAAAAAACUUUGGGCUGUACGGCAAUAACCUGAGUGUGCAGCUUAUAGAGGUGUCUGAAGAGUUAAGUGUGAAACAAGAAAAGAAGUUGUGUAAUGGUGUGUCCUCAAACAAAGAACAGUGUCAAGAUGAGCUGUAUUACAAAACCAGCACAACAAGCACUGGUUCACCGGUCUUUUGGUAUCGCCAUCUCAGCUUGGUUCCAAAAGCAUUCACUAUCUACCUGGCUCAUGAAUUCUUUGAUGUUUUACCGAUCCACAAACUGCACAGAACAAAAGAAGGAUGGAGGGAGAUCCUGAUCGACAUGGACGAGGGGGAUGGACCUCACCAUCUUCGAUAUGUCUUGUCCAACAAUCCCACUCCUGCCACAAAAAUUUUCACAGAGCCAGAAGACACAAGAGAGUGCAUCGAGGUGAGCCCUGAGGCAGCUGUUUUGUGUAAGGAACUCGCCUCCAGAAUUGAAGAAGAUGGAGGAAUUGCUCUCAUCAUAGACUAUGGACACAAUGGCGUGGACACGGAUACCUUCAGGGCCUUUAAGAAUCACAAGCAGCAUGAUCCCUUGAGUGAGCCAGGCACAGCAGACCUGACAGCAGAUGUAGAUUUUGAUUUUCUAAAGAAGCAAGUAAAGGAGAAGCUGGUCACCUUUGGCCCUGUGACUCAGUCUUCUUUCUUGAUCAAUAUGGGGAUGGAAACAAGACUUCAUAACCUAAUGAAGCAGUGCAAACCUGAGGAAAAGAAGAAUCUCAUUUCUGGCUUCAGGAUGUUGACAGAACCUAAGCAGAUGGGAGAGAAAUUCAAGUUCUUGGCCUUUUAUCCAGCUGUUGUGAAGGACUUCCUCUUGAAGUUUCCUCCAGCUGGAUUUUUUCGGAACCUUGAUUAAUUAUAGUUUCUACAGUGUAAAUAUGCCUGUAUAUGUACAUAUGUACCAGUAAAAUUAUUUGUUUUAGU